UCAAAAAACAUGUUUAUGUACGUACGUACUUCUUUUAGGUCAUAGUGUAAUUUGAAUUGAACAAGUAAAUAGGUUAAAACAUUGUCUCGUGCUUCAUGUAAGACUGGCUUGACAUAAUGUAAAAUCAUCUUAUGUUGUCGAGUGAUAUUACAAUAAGGACUGUCGAUAUUUCAGCAUGACAGAUGAAAUAACUUAGGAGGUUAUAAAUAAAUUAGGCCUAUGUUUUCUUUUCUGUUCUGACUAAAUUGCUUAUUUUCAUUUGGGCCUACUAGACUGUUUCUUUAGUCUCAAAUUCAGUCAAAUUUUAGUGUACACAUAUUAUUUUUUGUGUUAACAGUUUAAUUGCUGUAGCAUAAUAAACAGCUUAGUAUGAACCCUUAUCAGUAUAGGCCUACUUGUAAGACUUGCGUCUGAAAGGUUGGAAACUGAAAUCAAACUGUUAUCAACAAGUUGACUCAUGGCUGCUGAAAAACAGAAGCCAAAUGAAACCAGCAGCGUAUUAGUGGCCAGUGUUAUCUACAUUUUGAUGAACAAGUCUUAUCACAUUUCUAGAAAUGUACGUGCUCAGUGGUUUCUUCACCAUGUCAACUCUUCAAUCACUCUCUCUCCAAGUAACAAUGUGCCUGAGACAGAAACUACAGAGUUGCUGGUUAUAUCAGUUUUACCGCAGGACCCUCCAGAUGAAUGGAGUGUGGAGACACGUCACAAAUACAGAUACCUUGUUACAGCAUCAUCCAACAUUAUUUUUCUCAGUGAAGUCUAUAGCACUGUCUACUGCCUAGAUUUAAGUCCCUCCAUUUCAGCUGUGGACAUACAACAUGGGGAGGUCAUGCUGGAUGAGAUAUUGUCUGUAUUGGAUGAGAGUCUCAAGGGUGUCGUUAGUCCACUUACCAUACCAGGAUCAUCCUUCUUGUUUGAACCACAGAUAUUUGUGACUGUGAUCGUUCACACACCAUUCUACACAACCCCUGCUCAACAGGUACUAGUUCAAGGAUGGCAAGUGACUCCAGAAAACUUGGUUGAAUUUUUGGCUGCCAUUCGUAAACAACUCCAGCUACUAGAGGACACUAUUGCCGAUGUAGCAGCUGUUGCGUACGAUCAGCUAGAAGCUGUCAGGAUUCGUCAGAUGGAAUCGGACAGACUGGUUGGAGGCCUGUUUGAAGAGUCAUCGGAGAAGCAACUGCAAAUGUCUACAUCUGAGAUUCCAAUGGUUAGCCCAGACUCGGGCUUUAUUAACUUACUGCGCUAUGGGAUGCUUGCACUUAGGCUUCUACCCCAUUCCAGUCUAUCAAACCUGGUGGUAGUGACAGAUGGGGUGAUCUCUCUUCCUGACAUCCAUGUACUGGACCUUGUACUGACACAGCUGAGAACCAAUGCAGUGGCAGUGUCAUUCCUUCACGUUGGCAGCCAGUUCCACCCACACUGUGCACAAGGGCUUGUGCCUUACUCUGAACUCAUGCAGUUCAUCUCUUGUGCCACAUUUGGGACCUACAUCCCUCUCUCAGCUACUCGGAACUAUGGUCAUGGUGGUUUGAAUACAUACCAUGAAGCAUUUUUGACUUGGAGCUUCAAGAAAGGAGCAAGUGUUCAUGAGCUGACCACACCAGUUCCCCGCUCAGGCGAGUGGUUUGUAAGCAAUCAAAACUUCUACGGGAACCGGGAACCUCAAUUAUUGGUGAAAAAGCAAACAGAAGAUGAAAUGAGUGCUUCGUUAACAACUGUGCUCUGUUGCCGACUUCAUGAAGGCUUCAUGAUCAAGAACAUAAAUGUGAAAGAAAAUCAGCUGGAGCUAAAUCUGAUGUUACCUUGGGCGAAUCACAUUUACAUUGAAUAUGUUAUGUCUUGUGAAUGGCCAAAUCCACCCAACAGCUCUGUGCGGUUCUCUAUCUCUAUAAAAGCUCCAUAUGAGUUUCUUCAUGACAUAACCUGUCUAAUGAAGAAGCAGUUUGAGUCACCCUAUCGACAGGCUGUUGUCACUCGCUUCUGGCUGACUAUUAAGACUCUCGCUCAGUCUGAUCUGCUCCUUGCUCACCUCGACUCCUUCUCUAACAACACUCUCUCUUUUACCCUACCUGAGAGUAUUCGAAGUGGCAUGCCUCUCUUCUACCUGCCCUCUAACAAUGGCCCCCCAACACUCUCCUCCAGUGACCCAAGCUGUCCUCAGUUUGCACACUUCUGGCGCCCUGUGUGCCUGCUCGACCCAUCCGUAUGGCACAAGUGGCUUCACACUCAUACUCUCAGUCUAACACUGCAGCACGAUUUGCCACUGCCCCGCUACCUUCACAUGCCAUCCCCCAAUGGCAGGUUCCAGGGCCUGUUAUGUCGCCACGCAGCUGCCACCCUGUACAACUUUCUCAAGGACUGGACCAGCUUCGUCCUCAUUGAGAACCAUACCUAUCUCAAGUUCCUAUCUGCUAGUGAGACGGACAAGACACCUAGUUGGUUCUACAUUGUUAGAGUGCAGCUGAAGGCACCUUGUGCAGUGAUACACAUAGCAUUCCUAGGUGGUACUCCUGGCAAGUUGAGGCAUCAGAUUUUGGAGCAGCUGAAAGAGAAAAUAUCAGCUCUAACAAUACCGCAACGAUUGACAAAUAAAGAAACUUCCAUCUCCAGAAAUCAAAUUGACAACUUCAUAGAAAACCAGACCAGAUCAAAUGUACCCUGUUGCAUUCUUCUCAACAAACCACUAGAGAAAAUUUUAAUCAGGUAUGAGAGGAUGCCAUCAGAGUUUGGAACAGUGGUGUUUCCCGAUGGAACACAGCCCCAGACAGACUCCAAGCCACCUCGACCCACCAGUUCUCUGGUGACCACACUGUCUCGCUACCUGCAUCAUCGGCGUUGGAUCUGGACUGCCUCUGCUGCUAACCACAACUUAGGUGUUCCUACUGUCUCCAGGAUACUGGCGAUCCUUACACAAAUGAGACUGCAGGAGGGUUUCCGAUUUGCUCAUUCAACAGCAGGAAUAAUAAACAUGGUCUUGGAGAUCCAAAUGAAGUGUUGUGAUCAAGAUGCAGAUCACAUGUGCGAUAACUGCCGACCAAGCAUAAUUCAAUAUGUGCUCUUCCCCGUUCACGUCAUCAGUCAUACAGAUAAAGGAAGCACCUCAGAAGAAGAUGAAACAGAGCUGUCAGAGUCUGAGAGCAGCAUGGAGCUGAUUACCGAGUGUUGGAUCGAACCCCAGCACGGGGUUGUUGCCAAGUGCCCUCCCCAGAGAGCCUACAUGGAGAAUUUGCCUUACCAGCAACUGGCUGAUGUGAUGUGGCGAAUGGAUGUAGAGUGUAUUUCCAACCUGUUGACCUUCGAGCAACUGUGCCUUAUGAGUCAGAACCCCUUACUACCGUCCCCACCAAGGGUGGAUCCCUUAGAAAUACAGCCUCGCAACCCUCUUGAAAAUUGGCCGCAUGCCACUGCUCUUUCUGACCAGAGAAUACAAAGAAUACCAUUUCCCUACAAUGUGAUCAACAUUCUACCAGAAAGUCAACAGGUCGAACUCGAGUUUCCCAUGUUUAUUCAAGAUCUGGGUGAGGACCACAGUGUUAAGAACCCGGCGGAUGCUCCCAACAUCCUGCUGAUGGAGACUCUUUUCAUGCAGCUCAAGAGUCUCCAUGACAAGGAACUAUUUCUCAGUCAGGCAGAGUCCAAGCUUUUUGUUGAAUCUAUCUUCAAGCGUCAACGUGACAUUCAACAGCAUCCACUUCCCUUUCCUCGACGACAGUCUUGGGAUUCUAGCAGUGGAAAGAAAACAUUAGAAAAAGACACCAAAGAGGCAGAUAAAGAAAAUGAUAGUCCUAAGACACAGAGUGAGGAAACAACUGGAUCUAAUUCAAACUUGGUGGGGCAGUCGCAAAUCAGCAGUAAGAUGAAAAUGGCAGGGGGAACAGUGCCAGGGACUCCAGAAAGUGCAGGAGGGGUGCGCAAGGGUUGUGGACCCUUGUAUCGCAUGUAUCCCCAUGUGUCCCCCCAAUUGUCCACCCCUCGCUCUACAGAUGUAGAGCGAGACACCCCGAAAUGGAGGUUCUUUGUUAAACGAGUAUCUCAGAACUACACAAUACUUACAUUUGUACCUGCGUCCUACCGUGAUUGUAAAACACUUAUGCUUGGUGCUAAUCCCAAAGCUUGUACUCUACUCUCUGAAUCAAUGAGUAACAUAAUUAAAGAGGAUUGUUUGCACGCAGAACAAACUGAAGAGGAAAAGAAAGUUGUGCUUGAGUCAACACUGAAUCCUGAAGCUAAACCUUUUCAGCCAGGUGUUGUUAAGAAAGACAGUAAUCUCUCAGUUUUAAAUUGUUCAUCACCGUUAUCGAACAGAGGCUGGGUUUUGGAUAACUUAGACUCUGUCUCAAAUGUCUUUGAGCCUGCACCUUCUGUAUCAGAUUUUCAAAACAAUUCCAGUUGGGAACUAAACAAAGGCAAUCUAGAUCCCAGUUCACCUUUCCGAUUGAGGGCUAGGUCCUGGGAACCCAUGAAACCACAAUCUGUACUUAAGACUAAGAAACAUGCCUCUCAUAGAAUACGUACUCGCUCAGUUGGGUCUAAAGGAAAAUGGAUGGAAAGUAAAUUAAGGAAGAAAUUACUGUAUGAUUCUGACACAAUCUCGAUGUUGUCGUCGAAUGCUCCAACUUCAAAACCAGUUUUUGGAUCAAUCAAUGUUCCAGUGUAUGUGUAUGGAUGUUCAUCAGAAAACCUGAUGGAUGCAGUGAUUCUCAAAUCGGAAUAUGAGAAAACUUUUAAAGAUCUGUUUUGGAAGAGAACAGUCAAGCUGGACAUUCAAGGAAAACUUGAGUCAGAUGACCUUUUUGAGGAUGAUUAUAAAUUUUAUGUUCAAGAUGCUUAUGAUGACUCAGGAAUGAAUCAAGAAUUCGAAUUGAGGCAGCAUGCUAAGGCUGUCACACAAGUAUUCAACAAAUCCUUUGGUGUGUCACUAUUCAAGUCGUUGCACAUGGGAUAUAACAUCCAUUCGCUCAAUGUACAGACUGCAAUGGAGGAAUGUGAAGAAGCGUUAGUUGAGAUCAGCAUCACAGACUACAUCCAGACAGUUUGCAAGCACCUGAAAGAGUUGAAAGACGAAUUGGGCUCAGGUGACUCUGCGCUGAAGAGUGAAGUAGCUCUCUCAAUGUUCAGCUCUCCUGCCCCAUGCCAAGAGUAUAGACAUCUUCACAAACUCAUCAAAAACAAGUUCCUCAACAUAAUAACAACUUGUUUCAAACCCAUCUACACAAACCCAGACUAUUACUUCUGUUCCCCUACUUGGGAAAGGGUGCAGGUGGAUAUCAACACAACUUUAGAAGACAGGAAAACUUUAGAAGUUAGUCACGAUUAUGAUACAACUUUUCAGUCUGAGGUUGUUGAAUUUCGCUCUGAUCAAGGAAGUGCUGUUGGAGCAGCCAGUCCCUGGGAUGGACUAGGAUCUGUAACUACACCAGAAGAGAUUCAUACCUCCAUGUUAUCCAACAUGGACUCAGAUAGUGUGAGUAUAUUCCAGGAAGAAGAGUCUGAUGAAGACAUCUCUCCCCUCUUCCUGCAGCUGGUCUGUACCAUCCAGUCGAAAGGCCAAAUGGGCAACUGUACUGUGCGAAUUCUGCCUACCUGCAUGGGAGAGCUGGUAGACUUUCUCAACUAUCCAGAGAAGAAUGUGGAUGUGCAGAACAUGUCUGUCACCUUGGACAUGCUGUGUCUGACCUUGUCUCAGCCUCCUAAGCCUGUGAUCGUCCCUACAGAAUCACAGCUGCCCAACCUGGUUUCUCCCAAUACUUCCAAUGAUGAGCAGUUCCCUACUGUAUCUCUAACCAUAGACAACCUACAACACUUACCUGACUAUCAGCAUAAAGCUAUCAGCUUGUGUGUGGAGGAGAUAAAAUGGCUGAUGAGGGAUGAAAUUGCAGCAUUCCUCCUGGAUACGUACCCCGUCAGCGAAACCACAUUACAGCUGGUUGCUGACCAUGUUUCGAGUUCUGCCAACCGUUCCAGUUGUAUCAUGCAAAUAAUUCCUCUUCAAUUUUAUUGUAAUGCUGAACAAAGCCUGCUCAUGUUCUUGCAGGACUUUUCAAUGCUACAAGUAACAGGAUACUGCCUUAAGAAGGAGAAUGAAUUCUACUAUCUGGUGAAGGACAAGAGCCAAUCAAGUGAUCACAGGGACUCCCAAGACAGUGGACAGUCAUUGAGUACAGCGCCAGAUCUCUGGGUCAGCUCUCCUAACUCAGGUGACGACUCAAAAGCAAUGCCUGGAUCACCUAUUAGCACAAGUGAAGCCAGAGUGGAUUUGGAACCCAGAACUUCAGGAUGGAGUUCCAUUGCAGCCUGGCAUGCUGAAGUGGCUCAUCUAAUGGAGGCUGGCAUUGUCCCAUGUGAUGUAAUGGAUGGGAAAGAAGGAGAAAUGGAUGAAUACAGUGGUUGGCUCAAAGAACUAGAGUCGAAGCGCCAAGUUCUCCCAAACUUCUGGCUUGUCAUGAGAGUAAACCAAGAGUCAGUUACAGUUUUUUUUCACUGCAGAUACUUGGAACUAGACACAGCAGAAGUGAAGCUCUACAGUCUAGUCCAGAAGAAUGUUGUAAGCAACAUCAAGAGUCUGUGUAAGACUGUCAAUCAGAAGAUGCUAUUGAAUAACCUGCAUGACACAAGGAUGUGCAAUGUACUGCUUGAGCCUGAGUCUGUUGAAGAUGCCUGGAAUUCAAACCAGUCUUCUAGUCAGCCAGCAGCAACCAAACCAGAAGAAGGAGUGGAGGUGCAGAGUGAGGAGUCAGAGACUCCAGUAGACACUGUAGAGACUGUUGCCGACCUUGUUCCUGGGUGGUUCUCCUGCCCCGUAGUUUGGGAGACCAACUUCAGUCUACAUCCCCGGCUCAAGACGGGACCCAGCAAACCAGGUCUUUCACGUGGUUUACAGGCUCUACGCACCGUACUCAACCGCUUUUCUGUUAACAACCGCAAGAACAUGUUUGUCUAUCAGGAUCACUCAGGCAACGUCUUUUAUCUCAGACUUUAUGAAAACGUGAAAACAAUAAAUAAAACUUUGGAAGGUGAAGAGACCUCCCUUGGAUCAGUCUCUCGUAGUUCCUCCAUCAAUAGCCUUAACACCAGUGUGAAGAAGGCUGAUGACACAUCAUCAUCCAUUGUUUCUGCUGUGAGUAGAGAACUGAGGCCCAGAGUAAAGUCAUUUGGUGAAGUUGGAGACACUGCUCGACAAGAAGAGUAUCUUACCUUGAAAGUGCAUGGUAUUUCGGAAGCAGGGCCUGAAGUGAAGUGCGAGCUAGUACAGGUACUACACAACCGUUUAGAUGAUGCAGUAUUAGAGGUGUUGUCACUCAUGUUAGCUCGUAAUCCAAUGUGCAAGCUCUCUCCGGAAGACGUGCACUUCAUACAGAAGCCACAGCGGUUGCCAGAGACUACUGUACAGUAUUCUUUGCCACCAGCAGUCCAUGACAACCUACAAGCAGUAUUCUAUUACUUCCACCAAAACCUUCUGCAGUUUCUUCAUACACCCAAAUAUACAGAUACAAGGUCACAGUUCCACUUCCAGGACUACUCAAACCCAGAGGAACCUUCCAGACAGAUGCCAGAGAGCCAGAUGUUCUUGUACAACCAGAGUACUGCAUCUGGUAACAAAGGAAUUGCUUGUGUUGCCAUUGGCCUGGUUGACAUGGAUAGCAACAUAAUAGAGUCUCUUAGCUAUCAACGACCGACUUUAUACUCUGGAGAGCUAGACCCUCUGUUGUUGACUACUGAAUUCAAUACUCUCACUACCACCAACCCAUGUCAACCUGAAGAUAAGGCUCCAGUUCGAAUAGAAUUUCGAAUAUGGAAACAAGGUCGUGUGAAUAUGGAACAACUAAUUUUGAAGCUAAAAUCUGUUGUGCGUCAUGCUCUGUGGGACCUCAUCAUGGAGUAUCAGCUGCUUACCAUACCUCUCUUCAAUUCAAGCUCUCUCACACGUGAAAAUGAUGUUGGAGAGGAACCACUAAAUCCAGUGUUCUCAAGUGUCGUCACUCCAUGGUUACAGUUUGGGUGCAAACUUGGUGUGCCUGCAGUCUCCUCUCACACAGUUACCCUGCAACAGAGACAUCCUGUGAAUGUAACCAUGAAAGAGGUAUCAAACCUGGUAUCAACAGAUGGGACGACAGCAUUUACCUACUACCAGCAAGAUGAAGACUAUCUACCAUACAACAGCAACAUCAGCAGUAGUCGGAGUAUUCCCUACUCUGGCAACUGUCUGCUGAUUGCCCGUAACAUGGACCAGUGGCGAGCCACUGUCUCCGAUGGGGCCAGGCCGAACACUGACAAGCUCGAGCCAAAGGCUCAGAAAGUGUUGCAGAAAUUUUCCCCGUUGUUGAUGACUACAGUAGGAGAAACGGUACAAUUUGUACCUCGGCAAAGAUUUCUCGUUGCUGUUCUUACCAAUGAUAAGGUUCUUCUGUAUACAUACAACUGGGCCAAGGACCUAAUAGAGAUGUUAAUGAAGCAGUUAGCUUUGUUGGGUCAGUGGCUCACAGCUCGCUCCAAUGUACAGCUUGGGGUUAUCCAACAGAAAAUGGGACUCUUCAUCAACCAGCCCAUUUCCCGCAAAACUGAAAACCAGGCAGCAAACCCUUUCAUGAAUCAGAUGGCGGAUGUGGAGAAUCUGAUGGUAUUUCCAGGGACACCUCGUGGUCCACGCAGCUCCUCUGGGUCUGCGCACCUCUUGCAGGAAGUUCUGCGGGAUACCAAGCCUGUGGCACGGCGGUCUAUGGUCAAACGACCUGUGGUGGUAGACCAUGUUUUAUCCAGUUUACAACAACUAUUAGAUACAAGGGCUCAGGACAAACGAGGACAUCAAAAGAAGUUGUACACGAUGUGGCAGACUAGAGGAGCCACCCCCAACAUACCCAUAGCAGAAGAUGUUCUAGAAGUGUUCAUGCUGUACUCCAGAGUGAUCCAUUAUUGUGUCACUCCUCUCCUGUUUCUGCCCAGGUGGAGAAUCCAGAGUGCUUCGACACGAGACUUUUCACUUAGAGUUCAUAAGAGUAUUUCACAAACAUCGCUUCAAGAAUCAGUGAGUGUUGAAGAGAAGUGGCAUCUGAACUUGUGUGCCAGCUUCAUCAAUGAAUACAAGCAGUAUCUUCAAAGUCUAGGAUUUAUACCAAUACAAGUUGGGCCUGCAACACCAAAAAAGGGGGUGCGUGGGACCAAACCGACUAGUACCAAGGAGGGCAGGACCGUGUGUUACCUGCAGAAGUCAUUGCUAGGAGGUAUUUUGCUGUUUGAAUUAUACAUGUGUGAGCCCUUUUUCUACACCAAACUUCAUGCCUUGGAAUGCUCUCGUUUGGAAGGGAAAGCUUCUAGUGGUCUCAUCUCACAGUUUACACUGAGCUUCCUAGAUGAGUGUGACAGGAUGAAAGUACUGAUGCAUCUUCACUCGUUUACUUAUGACUAUCACUUGCGCACUUUGACACGAUUCAUCUCACGUGAAGAGUCAUUGUUGCCAGCAGGGUACCAUCUAACCAGUUUCUUGGAUGACUUUCUCAAGUACUACUCCAAGGCCCCAAACUAUGCCUACAGCCUCGUUCACUCAGGUAAUCUGGUGAUUCCCAAGAUAUCGUCUCCCACUCACCUACUCUUCAGCUACCUAUUGAACCACGAAGAUGACUAUCCCAUGAAGAUAAUGUCUAUGGUAGCACCUGGACAGGAACUAGACGAUAAAUCUCUCAGUUCUGCAAAUGAAUAUGUCCUCAUACAACGUAGCAGCAGUUCUCAACUCAUGUACAGAGACAUUCAGGACAACAAACAAGUGUACGAGUAUGACAUUGUGUUGAUCGUAGCCAGUGAGGAAAGUCCUGACCCAACUGUAUUGAGAUUGCGAUAUUUCAUUCUGCUCACUAGUAGGAGGCAUGUUCCGCAAAUUGGGAGUUCUGGAGAAAAGCUCAGUGAACAGACUGAGCAGGAGAUCAAUUCAGUGAUGAGUUAUUUUGGAGAGGAACCUUAUGCAAAACUUGAGAAUGAGAGGAAAUUGGGAAAAUUCCGCACUGUAUCUACCGCAAAUCCUCUCAUAGUUAUGGGUGUGAUGUCCCGGGAAACCACACCACCAUCUUCUGAAGACCUGCCAGAAGAGCUCUUGGAGAGCCACCAUAGCUCACCCACUGUUCAACUAGAGAGACGACCCUCAACUCAGUUCUUCGAGAUCAAGCAAGAAACAGUCAACUAUUUAGGGUACUACUCUUCCCAUGAGCAGUUUAUGCAGCAGUUGAUCCUGGAACAAGCUCAGACUGCUAAGAAAAAUAUAGAAGAAAUGAUUGCUCAAGUGUCCCUGCACUGUCGAACUCAUUUUCUCUGGAAUAAAUUGAUGACACAGGGAAUGUCACCUACGUAUGCUGAGUUCUGUGAGCUGUUAUCCCUGGGGCACACAGAAGCGAUAGCAGACAUGGACCCUCGUGUGAGCUCCAUCCUGGCUCAGCCUGUUUCCUGGUAUCAAGGGCUGAUUAAGCUACUAAUGACCAAAUAUGCAGAUCAUUACCGCACGUUCCUGUCAUUGGAUUGCUCUCUACAGUACUUCCUGGUUCUCCAUCCUCGAAUACCAGACGGGUUUAUCAUGGUCACAGUUAACUUCAAUGCAGCUCGAGGGGAAUUGAGUGUUGUAACAAAUCGAAUUCUUCGUGAGAAAAAUGUGUCAAAUGCAUUCCUUCCUGGUUUGAUAGAAGAUGUGAUCAACGCUUGCUGUUUCCAACUAUGGACUGGACUUUUAUAAGACUGAUUAACGCUAGUUUGUGUUUGUUUACUCAAAUAGUCAUUUGUAUGCAUUCCUGAAUAAGUUCGUUCAUAGAUUUUUAUAUGAAAAGAACUCAGCAACUAGUUAGGUUUUAUUUUUUGACUGAUUGAUGAAUGUAAAAUAAUACUAGUCUAUGUGUGUAUUUCUUAAGAGGAAUGUAUCUGUAAGGCAUAUUAACUUUUAAUCAAAACAUGGUCUGAAAUCUAAAAGCCAAAAGCCAUCAAUAAUUUGAAAAUGUAUAGAUUAAUUUAUUUGCGAAUUUGGUAGAUUAUGUUUAAUAGAGUAAGUGACAAUUUUUAUGCAUUUCUAUUGAUACAACAUGUUUUAUAUUUUUAUAAUCCAGUUUACUAAUAAUUUUUAUCUUGAAGCAUGUGUGAAUGAAAUGAUUUAUACAAUUUAAAAGUUUAAAAUGUUCUAAUUAUUGCGUCAGGCAUAUUAAUAUAAAAAGUUUCAGUAUUUUCAUCAAAUGCAUGAAGGCAUGUUUAAUCAAAACAAUUAAGAUACACAUAAGAUGGUUUUUAAAAUACUCUUAAAUUGUUUCAAGUUUUUGUUCACACCAACAUCACAUCACCAACUUUAUAGUUUUUAGUGAAUUUUAUUGUCAAUGAGAUUAACCCACCAUAAUAUUAUUAAGUAAAUGUUACAAAGUACAAAGAAUGUGCCAUAAUUUUGUCCAGUUCUGCUGUAGAUUCAAUGUAGUAUUAGACAAUAAUGUUACGUUCUGUGGCUCAAGUCGUAAUAUCAAUGUUAUGUUAUUUUAAUGUAUUUUAGUAUAAUUGUUGAUGUAUGUUAAAAUUACUUGCUCCGUAAUCCUGCAUUGAAGUUGUUAGGGGUUUUAAUUAUUCUAUGAGUGCUAACUAUUAUAACAAUUAUUUUGUACUAACAAUAAUGAUAUAUGAAUACAAUGUAUUGCUUUGUAUCCUUUUUAAUGUUAUUUAUAAAUGGUAUUAGGAGACAUUGUUUGUUCUUUAAAUGUGUUUCAGAUAAAGCACAAAGCAAGAAGGUAAUUUGACAUGACACCAAUGAAUGUUUUCUUGUUGUUUAUAUUCAAUUGAAACAAAAUAUUAUAUGUGGCCUUUUUAAUUAGUGUUA